AUGAACUUCUAUACAGCAGCAAUUACUGCAGUAUGUUUGUUACCUUUUGUUUGUUACGCUCAAGAUGGACCAACAAUUGCAUGUGAGGAUGUACCACCUGUAUUCUGGUGCAAAAACAAGAACAUAUCGGAGUUGUGCAAUGUUACUGACAAGUGUAACACUUACUUUAAGAAGAGUAACGAAAAGAAGAUUUUGUUGACAGUUUUGUACGAAAUCUUGUGUCAAAGCUGCGCGCAAGUUAUCAGUGGACCAUUAAAGGAGGUUUACGAGACGCGCAAGGACCAAGUUGACAUUGAAUUGGUACCAUUCGGAAAUGCGCGUUACAAUGAGGUAAGGGACAGCAAUGAAAGGCUUUGUACGACCGGUAAAGCUUUGUAACAGAACUUUUGGCGCACCCUGUAUAGACUAUACCUAUAUCUAUUUUUGUACAGAUGAUACUUAUAUCAACUCUUACAGACACUAACUACAGUAGAGAUAUGAUUAAAUAAGGCAAAAGCAAAAAAUAUUUUUAGGACGGAUCACUAUCGUGUCAGCACGGUGUAGAAGAAUGCAAUGGAAACAGAUACGAAGCUUGUGCUAUCAACUUCAUCGAAGAUUAUUUUCCAUUUAUUGCUUGUGUUGAAGGAAAUAUUGAGUCGUUUGAUUUUGAGGCUACAGCCAAGAAGUGCUACGCCGAUUUAAAGACACCUGAUGACGUGGUAAAGCAGAUUGAGUAAGCGUUUAUUGGAUAGAGGGUAUGGUAAAGUGGAUUAGAAUAGAUGAGAGUAUUUUGGAGUUGGGUAGGGUAGGGCAUUUUGGGAUAAACGGCAAUUGUUUGCGGUAGGAUAGGGUAAGGUAGAAUAGCAUACGGUAGGGUAGGGUAAGGUAAAGUAAAAUAAAGUAAGGUAACUUAAGUUAGUGUAGAGUAGAGUAAUGUGAGAUAAGUUAACUAGAGCUACGGUUAAAGGUUACUGUAAAAUUUAAAAAUAAAAUUUUAGAGAAUGUUAUAAUGGCCAACUCGGCCACGAUUUGAUCAAAGCCAACUCCGAACGUAGUGUCAGUGCGGAAGGAAUUAAGUAUGAUUUCGUACCAUGGAUCUUUAUCAAUAAUGUCAGCAGUUCAAGAUUCAGUUUAAAUUCAAUGUUUGACAAUAACCUUUUGACAUUUAUUGAUGAAUGGCAUGUCAAGGGUGAAUUGACUUUGUGA